AUGGCUCUAUCCGCAGCUAAUUGCGAAACCUGCAACUCUCUUCAACUUUAUGCUGAAAUCUCGAUUCACCUCACUCCAAGGCACAUCAUAAAGAAACUGUGGCAUGUGUUUGUGUUCUUGUCUGCUUCUAUUAUCAUUCUUGAGUAUUUGGCUCUUUGGUUGAAUCUGAUAUCUCCUGCUAUGGGUGAGGCACAAGUCCCUUGUAAUGACUGUUGGAGAGCUUCUGAUGUUUAUUUCAAAUACUGCAAGAAGUGCUGGCUAGGAACCAUAGUUGAAGAUCCCCGAAUGCUUCUGAGCUACUUUGCAGUGUUCAUGUUUUCAUGUUUCAAGCUCCGAGCAGACCGUUUGUCCAGUCCUUAUGGAUCACAAACAUAUCGGCAAAUGAUAUCAGAUUGCCACAAAGCAUCUGUCCUAAGUGAUCUCUCAUUUGAAACAAAAGGCUUGUGGACAUUCCUUGACUACCUCAGGCUUUAUAGCUAUUGUCACUUACUAGAUUCAGUUCUUGCCUUGAUCUUGAUCACGGGGACCCUCGAAUAUGACAUCCUUCACCUUGGCUACCUUGGAUUUGCACUCGUAUUUUUCCGAAUGAGGCUUGAGAUAUUGAAGAAGAAGAACAAAAUCUUCAAGUUCUUACGAAUAUACAACUUUGCUCUAAUAGUCCUUUCUCUUGCUUACCAAUCUCCUUUCGCUGGAGACGCCGUUGAGGGGAAAUGUGACGCAACAGAUUAUAUUAGUGAGGUGAUUGGUUUCCAUAAGUAUGACUACGGAUUCCGAAUUACUUCAAGAUCUGCACUUGUUGAAAUUGUUAUAUUCAUGUUGGUUUCACUUCAGUCGUACAUGUUUUCAUCAAAGGAGUUUGAUUAUGUGUCAAAAUAUCUAGAGGCAGAGCAAAUAGGUGCCAUCGUACGCGAGCAGGAGAAGCGAGCUGAUUGGAAGACGGAACAUUUACAACACAUACGUAAGUCCGAAGAGAAAAAGUCCCUCAGAAAUAUGCAGGUGGAGAAGAUGAAGUCAGAGAUGCUCAAUCUUAAAAUCCAACUUGACAGCAUGAGCACUACUUCUAACUUUGGUAACACUUGCGCGGAAAGUGAAGGAAUACUUAUAAGGGGAAGAAAAUAUUCCAUGGAUUCAUAUGGGCUGAAGGGUAUUCUUGCAAGUGAAGAAAAAGAUUUAAAGAGGCAAGAUCUUAGUCUGAGCUCUGAUGCUAUGUCAGCUUUUGAUCCAAUUGAAUCUCCAACAAGUGAAGGGACUAUGGAAUCCACUAAGCAUUUGGUGGAUACACUUCAUGAGAUAACCGAGCUAAAGUCAAAAUCCUCUCAUUCUAACUUUUUUGAUUCAGAAAGAAGGGAUAAUGGAGAAAAGUCUAAAGCAAAGGAAAACCCCAUAAUCUCCGCAGUUCAUCUUAUUGGCGACGGAGUUUCUCAAGUUCAAUCACUCGGUAAUCUGGCAGUCAACAAUCUGAUUCAUUUCUUGAACAUAGAAAAGAAAGUGCAUGAUUCGGAUGAGCAUUCUUCUGAGGAUGAGGUGUAUUAUGAAGUAGAAACUCAGAAUAUAGGAUGUCAACAAGCAGAUCUAACAGCUUCAGUACUACAAUCCAGUAGUGAAAAGAUCAUGUCUGAUGCUACAUACUCUCAAAUCGGUGUAAUCCUCCGUUACAUGUGGGCUAAAAUGAGAUCGAAUAAUGACAUUGUAUGUUACUGCUGCUUUGUCAUGAUGUUCUUGUGGAACUUCAGUUUGCUUUCAAUGGUCUAUCUCAUGGCUCUCUUCUUGUAUGCUCUCUGCAUAAACACCGGCCCAAGUUACAUGUUCUGGAUAAUUAUGCUAAUUUAUACUGAGUUUUGUGUGUUACUCCAGUACUUAUACCAAAUCAUCAUCCAACAUUGUGGAUUCACUCUUCAUGUAAGCUACCUCCAGGAGUUAGGAUUUCCUUCUCACAGGAUUGUGUCAUCUUUUGUUAUGAGCAACUUGCCUCUUUUCUUGGUGUAUUUGUUCACUCUUAUACAAACCUCCAUAACAACAAGAGAUAGUGAUUGGGCAAAUAUGGUUACAGAAUUCAGCUUUAAUAUGAGAAAGAAUCAUUUCCAGCAAGAUUUUGUCAAGAGUUAUAGCUGCAGUGAGAGAAUACAGAGAUUGUUUUUGCCUGUGAGAAAUGCCAUAAAGCAGGUUACUAGGAGCCUCUUCAGAUACUGGAAAUCACUCACAGAGGGAGCAGAAACUCCACCUUACUUUGUGCAGCUAUCUAUGGAAGUCACAAUGUGGCCUGAAGAUAGUAUCCAACCAGAGAGAAUUGAGUCAGGAAUCAACAGGUUGCUCAAGAUCUUACAUGAUAAUAGAUGCAAAGAAAAGAACAUGAACCGAUUCCACUCACCAAGUCGGGUUCAGGUUCAGAGCAUUGAAAGGAGCCCAGAGAAUUCUGAUGUAGCUUUAGCUGUUUUCGAGGUCGUAUAUGCCUCGCCUCCGACAGAAUCUAUCUCAACAGAAUGGUACAAAUCUCUAACUCCAGCUGCUGAUGUUGCUGGUGAGAUCUUGACAGCUCAACGUGAUGGCAUUCUAAAUGAAAUCAGAUUUCCAUAUCCAAUACUCUCUGUGAUUGGCAGUGGGAAAAGAGAGAUAGACUUGUAUGCCUACACAUUCUGCGCAGAUUUGGCUGUGUUCUUCUUGGUUGCCAUUUUCUAUCAAGCAGUCAUAAAGAACAAAAGUGAGUUCCUUGAGGUCUAUCAGCUAGAAGAUCAAUUCCCAAAAGAGUUUGUAUUUAUUCUGAUGGCAAUUUUUUUCUUAAUUGUGCUCGAUCGGAUCAUUUAUCUUCGAUCAUUUGCCACGGGAAAAGUGAUCUUCUUUCUGUUCAACCUUUUUCUCUUCACAUAUUCAAUCACAAGGUAUGCUUGGAACAUAGAGCUUUCACAUGGAUAUGCUGGAAGAUUAGCACUGCGUGUUAUAUAUAUGACAAAAGCAAUUUCUCUGGCUCUUCAAGCCAUACAAAUUCGAUUCGGGAUGCCACACAAGAGCACUCUAUACAGGCAGUUUUUGACAAGUAGUAUUUCCCAGAUUAACUUUCUUGGUUUUAGACUUUAUCGUGCUUUGCCAUUCCUUUAUGAAUUGCGAUGUGUACUUGAUUGGUCAUGCACAACUACGUCUUUGACCAUGUAUGACUGGUUGAAAUUGGAGGACAUUCACGGUAGCCUAUUUCUUGUCAAAUGUGAUGUGGAUUUGAAUAGAGCUAGCCAUCAACAGGGCCAAAAGCAAACCAAAAUGACAAAAUUCUGCAAUGGCAUAUGCUUAUUUUUCAUAUUGAUGUGUGUUAUAUGGGCUCCAAUGCUGAUGUAUAGCAGUGGAAACCCCACAAACAUAGCAAACCCCAUUAAAGAUGCCAGUGUAAGAAUCGACAUAAACACUGUCGGUGGAAGGCUGAUAUUGUUCGAGACAACUUUGUGUGAAAAGCUCUCAUGGAACGAGCUUGACAUGAACACUAAGAUCAUAAAGGAGAAAAUUUUCUCCGAUGUCAUUAUUCAUGGAAUUAAUUAA